AGACAUACUAGAUUAAUAGAAUGGCAGUAGAAUACAUCUUUUCUUUUCUCUCUAAUAUGCUUUUAUAAGUAUUUAUUUUAGAAAAACAAAUGAAACUUCAAAGUGGGACUACUAGAGCAGAUUCAUGCAAAGAAAAUUGUUUGAUUGUUUUUUGCGAGAAGUUACUAUUUUCUGUUUUUAAAAGUUUUUUAAGUUUUGUACAAGACUGACCUAAUAUGCAUGUGAGCAAAAUUUGAAACUGCAACAACACAAAGAAUUUGUACAAACCUGAAAUAAAAACAAACCGAAAUUAAGAAAAUAAAACCAGUUUGUUAAACUUAAUUAAAUCUACUACAUUUUAAAUCAUUUAGCAAAUCUGUUUUAUUUUUUGAAGAACGCUUAUAAUGUUCAUUCAUGAAAAUGAUGUUCAUCCGUAUUAUUCUGAUAUAAUAAUUUUUUCUAACAGUAAUUUUUGUCCUCACAAAACUUUUAUCACAAAAAUAUAAAAUAUUGCUUACUUUUCUUGUUCAUCACAAAAUAUGCAAAUUUUUAUUGGGAAUCUUCUCCCUUCUUUUGGUUGAAGUACUCUUGGAGAAUCUAAAAAUUCUUCUAGGAAAGGAGCUGUUUUCUAAUUAGGCCGGAAAUUAUUAUUGUGUCAAUCUUCUGUUUUGACUUCUGUUGUUUAAUGUUUAUACUUGAUUAGUCGACUUAAAAAUUUUAUAGUUUUAAUUUUAUAACCAAAUUUUAGGUGUAAGAAUUUGUUCAAUUAAACGAUAUUUAAUGAAAUGAAGAUAUUUUCAUAUUUCGCUAUUGCGGCAGGAAUUAGAUAUGCUUUAUAUAAACAUUCGUUUGAUUUAUUAAAAAACCGAGUAGAAAUUUCAACGCCAGUGAAUGCCCACAAAAGAUUGUUGGAAGGAGUAUUUUUGUAUAAUCGCGGCUACGACCCUUAUUAUGGCGAUAUAGUCCACGAACCACCGUUUGUAUUGAUUAUUUUAGCAUGGAUUAUCAACAAUUUUCCUAAAAUAUUGCCACUUGCAUACAUAAUUGCAGAUUUAGUAACCGGCUUGAUAUUGAGUAUGACGUCAAAAUUCUUCUGUGAUGCAAAAAUUGAAAAACAAGUACAAGAAAAGCACAAAUAUGCUCCAGGCACAGAAAAAACCAUUCAAUUUGAUGAAAAAGAUAAAGAUAUAAUUCCACAUUACAUACUUAUUUCAUAUUUUUUUAACCCGUUUGCAAUAAUAAAUUGCGCGGCCCUAACAUCUACGGUGUUUAGUAAUUUAUUUCUAGCGUUAUUCAUGUACUUUUUAUCAAAAAAAAAUUCUUUUUGCCUCAUAUUUCUUGCAUUUGAAACUACAAGAAACUUUUAUGCUUUUGCUUUGAUAACAACGGUUUUUGCUACUCUGCAAAAACCAACACUUUUCAAAUAUAUUGCAGUGUUUUUUAGUUUUGUUACUAUACUUACUUCAUUUAUUUUUAUAAAUUUUUUUUUAAAUAAAAGCAACUGGUCGUUUAUAAAUUCUACAAUUGCUUUCACAUUUUUUUAUCAAGAUUUACAGCCCAACAUUGGAUUGUUCUGGUAUUUCUUUACGGAAAUGUUUGAACAUUUUAGGACAAUGUUUCUGAUUACAUUCCAAAUGAACGCAACAGUGUUGUAUUUAAUACCGUUAUCAUUUCGUUUGAGGGAAGAUUCUGUUAAACUUGCUACAGUUUUGAUAGCUCUAAUGGCAAUAUUUAAAUCGUAUCCAUGCCUGGGAGAUGUUUCACUAUAUUUGUCUUUGCUUCCAAUCUGGAAGCAAUGUUGGAAAUUUAUGGCACAUAAUUUCGUUGUUUUUUGCUUCUUCUUAAUAAAUAUUUUAAUAAUGCCUGCUUUGUGGCACUUGUGGAUAUACUGCGGGUCAGCAAAUGCUAAUUUCUAUUUUGGUGCAACUUUGGCAUUUUCAACUGGACAGAUUUUCUUAGUCACGGAUCUUCUUUUUGCAUAUGCGAAAUUGGAGUUUUGCUUAAAGCAUGGCGAAAAAAUCUUUGCUGGUGGAAAAGAAGCAAAAAUAGUAUUGGAAUAAGCUGUAAUAUCUACUAACGUUUUCCCCAAGUGCAUAUUUCAUUUUGGCAGUUGAAUAAAAUUUGUAAAAAUAAA